CACAUCGCCCGCGCUAAGGAGCUUGGUGGAAAGGUGUGAUGAUCCACAUAGUACUUUGGACAGGCGCUUGCCAAGAUAUUUAACCACGAGUUAUUGGUGAGUGACAACUUGUUCGACCUCGACGGUACUUCUAUUGAUCUUGCAGGAGAGAUGCACCCUGGUUUGCCUGAAUUAGCACCAUCCAAAAUUCCAAAUCAAUCUUCAAACAACUCCAUCAACUCCUUGUUUUCCAAGAUCAUAUCCUGUUGUCAGAGCGCUCACGAGCUCGACAUCGUGCGUAACUUAUUGCCUCCUGAACAACUCUUGGAGCUCCAGCUGACGCCCGAGAUGCUCGAUCACAAAGCUCUGUUUGUAAGUCGUUCAUCAUCCGACUUUAAAAGUUCAACCAGUGUUAUUUUGGCGACAUUGCUCCUCACGGAAGCAUGGAUUAAUGACCAGCUGAAGCUAUGGUCUGGCUUCAGCCGUGGCGAGCUGUGAUAUAUUGAUGUAUCUGGGCAACACAACGCACUCGGUUUCAUAUUCUGCGGUCGUUUUGAGUCUCGCGGUCGGUAAAUGUUUGGAGGCAGCGUUGCGAUCAUAUUGGUCUUGGGGCUCACUUGCAAGCAUCUAUUGAAGCGCACAUAGCGUUUGGAUGGGUGCAUA